UCAGAGGAGGUGGUGGAGGGCCUGCUUAUGGCCCCCCACCAUCACUUCAUGCACGAGAAGGACGUUAUGAGCGGAGACUUGAUGGGUAAGUUGCAAGGUUUCUCUAGGCAGGUAUUUUGUAUUUGAUAUGGUGAGAAACAGAAACUCAUAUUUAGGGGCCCCAGAUGGAUUUAAAGUUUUGGGCAUUCUCAAUGUUUCCUAUUUUGGGUUGGAAACGGAAGUGAUUUCUAUCCCAGUGGCUGGUAUCUUAUGGAAUCGUAGAGGAUAUUUCCUGCAGCUGGUUGGAUAUCUACUCCUGAGAGAUAAAGUGGUGGAAGAUUUGGUAUGGCAGCAUCAGUUUUGGAGUUACCUGUCUUCUAGAAUUAAUUAUUCCUUCUCUUGGAUAAUGUUAAGGCCUUCCUUGGAUAUAUCCGUUACAUGAUGGAGCUAUUUGGCUACAGAUUUUGUGGUUGUACUAUAUGGAAUAUUUCUGGAAUAUUAGAGCCUACAGAUUCUUUUAGAAGUUGAUAUCUGCUUAUCAGUUUUCACUACAUCAAGUGUACAAAUGAAUUGGAUUGUCACCAAAAAACCUAGCAGACCAUAAUGAUUCAACCACUUGGAUUCUACAAACAAUACUUUAACCUGGAAAUGUGUACUUGGAUGAAGAAGAGGGAAGUCGAUGUUUGAUGUUUCCAUUUUGGAUCUACACAGUUUCCAUGUUGGAAUUAUACUCCUUGAUGGAAUGGGGAAAAAUUGAGAUGAUGGACGUUCCUAAAUCCUGGAAUAUCGCCAUUCUUUUCUAAUUGCUGGAAUGUUGGGGAUGUCAUGCAGUCAAGAUUCCACUAGCCCAGGGGAAGAGGAUUACUAUCUUGUUUCUUAAGCAAGUUGCUAUCCAGUUAAAGGUACUUUAGCUUUGAACGUAUGGUGAGAUCAGUUGUGGAUACAGCAAUCAAAAUUGACUGUGCUGGAUGGCUACAAAGGUGAACUAUUGGCGAGCAACUGUGCCUUCCUCACUUGGUGGAAUCAAAGAAGAUAUUUCUUCUUCUGUCAGCUGCCUGAUUCAUACUUAGGGCUGGAAAUUUUUAUGAAUGUGGAUCAAUUUAUAAUUGUCUACUAUCUCAAGAAAGAAGUCUGGGGGUUUGAGAGUUACAGUUUGUCUGGGACUACUUGCUUCCACUGGAAUUAUUUUAUCUGGUCACUAAGAUUUUUUUUUCCUUGUGGUUCAUCUAAAUAUCAUUUGACACCCUUGCCCAUUAAGAAGGUGGAUUACCCCCAUAAGAGGGGCCAAAAUUGGGGAAGUUAUGUUCACAAUUCUCUCCCUAGAUUUAAUUGGGAUUAUAGGUCGUGUUUCCACAGUUGGAAAAGGGCUUCAGAUAACAGGGAGCGUGCUUAUGAACAUAGUGCCUAUGGACACCAUGAACGGGGGACGGGAGGAUUUGAUCGGACAAGACAUUACGAUCAGGAUUACUAUAGAGAUCCUCGAGAGCGGACUUUACAACAUGGGCUCUAUUAUACUUCUCGGAGUCGAAGUCCAAACCGUUUUGAUGCUCAUGACCCCCGAUACGAACCUAGGGCUCGGGAGCAGUUUACACUGCCCAGUGUGGUACACAGGGAUAUCUACAGGGAUGAUAUUACCCGGGAGGUACGAGGCAGAAGGCCAGAGCGGAAUUACCAGCACAGCAGGAGUCGGUCACCACAUUCAUCCCAGUCUAGAAAUCAGUCUCCUCAGAGGCUGGCUAGCCAAGCGUCUAGACCCACAAGGUCCCCUAGCGGCAGCGGCUCUAGGAGUAGAUCCUCCAGUAGUGAUUCAAUCAGCAGCAGCAGUAGUACCAGCAGUGACAGCACUGAUUCUAGCAGUAGCUCAAGUGAUGACUCUCCAGCCCGAUCAGUUCAAUCUGCGGCAGUCCCAGCACCCACUUCCCAGUUGCUUUCAUCCCUGGAAAAAGAUGAGCCUCGUAAAAGCUUUGGGAUCAAGGUUCAGAAUCUUCCAGUACGCUCUACAGAUACAAGCCUUAAAGAUGGCCUUUUCCAUGAAUUUAAGAAAUUUGGAAAGGUGACUUCAGUGCAGAUACAUGGAACUUCAGAAGAGAGGUAUGGUCUGGUAUUCUUUCGGCAGCAAGAGGACCAAGAAAAAGCAUUGACUGCAUCAAAAGGAAAACUUUUCUUUGGCAUGCAGAUUGAAGUAACAGCAUGGAUAGGGCCAGAAACGGAAAGCGAAAAUGAAUUUCGCCCUUUGGAUGAAAGGAUAGAUGAAUUUCACCCCAAAGCAACAAGAACCCUCUUUAUUGGCAACCUUGAAAAAACCACUACUUAUCAUGAUCUUCGAAACAUCUUCCAGCGCUUUGGAGAAAUUGUGGAUAUUGAUAUUAAGAAAGUAAAUGGAGUUCCUCAGUAUGCAUUCUUGCAAUACUGUGAUAUUGCCAGCGUUUGUAAAGCUAUUAAGAAGAUGGAUGGGGAAUACCUUGGAAAUAAUCGUCUCAAGCUGGGUUUUGGAAAGAGCAUGCCUACAAACUGUGUGUGGUUAGAUGGGCUUUCUUCGAACGUGUCGGAUCAGUAUUUAACACGACAUUUCUGCCGCUACGGGCCUGUGGUAAAGGUGGUGUUUGACCGCUUAAAAGGCAUGGCCCUGGUUCUCUACAAUGAAAUUGAAUAUGCACAAGCAGCUGUAAAAGAGACCAAGGGGAGGAAAAUCGGUGGGAAUAAAAUUAAGGUGGAUUUUGCAAAUCGGGAAAGUCAGCUGGCAUUUUAUCACUGUAUGGAAAAAUCUGGUCAAGAUAUCAGAGACUUUUAUGAAAUGUUGGUGGAAAGAAGAGAGGAACGAAGGGGAUCUUAUGACUAUAGCCAAGAUCGUACAUAUUAUGAGAAUGUUCGUGCUCCAGGUACAUAUCCUGAGGAUUCCAGACGGGACUAUCCAGCUCGAGGGAGAGAAUUUUAUUCAGAAUGGGAAACUUACCAAGGAGACUACUAUGAAUCACGAUAUUAUGACGAUCCUCGGGAAUACAGGGAUUACAGAAAUGAUCCUUAUGAACAAGAUAUUCGGGAAUACAGUUACAGGCAAAGGGAACGGGAAAGAGAACGCGAAAGAUUUGAGUCUGACCGGGACAGAGACCACGAGAGGAGGCCAAUUGAACGCAGUCAGAGUCCAGUGCACCUGCGACGCCCCCAGAGUCCUGGAACAUCUCCCUCACAGUCAGAGAGAUUGCCAAGUGAUUCUGAGAGGAGGAUGUACAGCCGAUCCUCAGACCGGAGUGGAAGCUGUAGCUCACUUUCCCCUCCAAGAUACGAUAAACUUGACAAAUCUCGUUUGGAACGCUAUACAAAAAAUGAAAAGACAGAUAAAGAACGAACUUUUGAUCCUGAGAGAGUGGAAAGAGAGAGACGCUUAAUAAGGAAGGAAAAAGUGGAAAAGGACAAAACAGAUAAGCAGAAACGAAAAGGAAAAGUUCAUUCCCCUAGUUCUCAGUCUUCAGAAACAGACCAAGAAAAUGAGAGAGAACAGAGCCCUGAAAAAUCAAGGAGUUCUAAUAAACUGAGCAGAGAGAAAGCUGACAAAGAAGGAAUAGCCAAAAACCGCCUAGAACUCAUGCCUUGUGUGGUUUUGACUCGAGUGAAAGAAAAAGAGGGGAAGGUUAUUGACCACACACCUUUGGAAAAGCUGAAAGCCAAGCUUGAUAAUGACACUGGCAAGUCUUCUGCCCUAGAUCAGAAACUUCAGGUCUCUCAAACAGAGCCUCCGAAAUCUGACUUGUCUAAACUGGAAUCUGUUAGAAUGAAAGUGCCAAAGGAAAAGGGGCUUUCAAGCCACGUAGAAGUGGUAGAUAAGGAAGGCAGGCUUAAACCCAGGAAGCACCUAAAACCAGAGCAGACUGCUGAUGGGGUAAGUGCUGUGGAUCUGGAGAAGCUGGAAGCAAGGAAAAGGCGUUUUGCAGAUUCCAGUUUGAAAGCAGAAAGGCAAAAAUCAGAAGUCAAGAAAAGUAGUCCAGAGAUGGAGGAUGCUCGGGCGCUUUUAAAAAAGCAGCCUGACGUUUCAUCUAGAGAUGUCAUUCUGCUGAGGGAAGGAGAGUCUGAAAGAAAGCCUGUGAGGAAAGAAAUUCUUAAAAAAGAAUCUAAAAAAAUAAAAUUAGACAGACUUAAUGCUGUUCCCAGCCCCAAAGACUGUCAGGAGCUUGCCAGUAUUUCUCUUGGAACUGGCUCAAGGCCCAACUCAGACCUGCAAGCAAGGCUAGGAGAACCAGUAGGUGAAUCUGUGGAAAAUCAAGAAAUCCAAUCAAAAAAACCCGCUCCUUCAAAACCACAGCUCAGGCAGCUGCAGCUAUUAGACGAUCAAGGACCAGAGAGAGAAGAUACUAGGAAAAACUAUUGCAGUCUUCGUGAUGGAACACUUGAAUGUAAAUCAGGCCAAGAGAAAGUACAUUCAGUAAAUACUGAAGAAAAAAUUGGCAUUGAUAUUGAUCACACACAGAGUUACCGAAAACAAAUGGAGCAGAGUCGUAGAAAACAGCAGAUGGAGAUGGAAAUAGCCAAGUCUGAGAAGUUUGGCAGUCCUAAAAAAGAUGUAGAUGAAUAUGAAAGACGUAGUCUUGUUCACGAAGUAGGCAAACCUCCUCAGGAUGUAACCGACGACUCUCCUCCCAGCAAAAAGAAGAGGAUGGACCAUGUUGAUUUUGAUAUCUGCACCAAGAGAGAGAGGAAUUACAGAAGUUCACGCCAAAUCAGUGAAGAUUCUGAAAGGACUGGUGGUUCUCCCAGUAUCCGACAUGGUUCCUUCCAUGAAGAAGAUGACCCCAUAGGCUCCCCCAGGCUAAUGUCAGGAAAAGAGUCUCCUAAAGUAGAUGAAAAAGGUCUCCCCUAUUCUAAUAUAACAGUCAGAGAAGAGACCUUAAAAUUUAAUCCUUAUGAUUCUAGCAGGAGAGAACAGAUGGCAGACAUGGCCAAAAUAAAGCUAUCUGUCUUGAAUUCUGAAGAUGAACUAAAUCGGUGGGACUCUCAAAUGAAACAGGAUGUCAGCAGGUUUGAUGUGAGUUUCCCAAACAGCAUAAUUAAGAGAGACAGCCUUAGAAAGAGGUCUGUACGUGACUUGGAACCUGGUGAGGUGCCUUCUGAUUCUGAUGAAGAUGGUGAACACAAAUCCCACUCACCCAGAGCCUCUGCAUUAUACGAAAGUUCUCGAUUGUCUUUUUUAUUGAGGGACAGAGAAGACAAACUACGUGAGCGAGAUGAAAGACUCUCCAGUUCUUUAGAAAGGAACAAAUUUUAUUCUUUUGCAUUGGAUAAGACAAUCACACCAGACACUAAGGCUUUACUUGAAAGAGCUAAAUCCCUCUCUUCAUCUCGAGAAGAAAAUUGGUCUUUUCUCGAUUGGGACUCCCGAUUUGCUAAUUUUCGAAACAACAAAGAUAAAGAAAAGGUUGACUCUGCUCCAAGACCUAUUCCUUCCUGGUACAUGAAAAAGAAGAAAAUUCGGACUGAUUCAGAAGGAAAAAUGGAUGAUAAAAAAGAUGAUCAUAAAGAAGAAGAACAGGAAAGGCAAGAAUUAUUUGCUUCUCGUUUUUUACACAGCUCAAUCUUUGAACAAGAUUCUAAGCGAUUGCAGCAUCUGGAGAGAAAAGAUGAAGAAUCAGACUUCAUUUCUGGUAGGUUAUAUGGGAGGCAGACAUCCGAUGGAGUGAACAGCACAACUGAUUUGAUUCAAGAGCCAGUAGUUCUUUUCCAUAGCAGAUUUAUGGAACUCACACGAAUGCAACAGAAAGAAAAAGAAAAAGAUCAAAAACCCAAAGAGGCUGAGAAACAGGAAGAUAUAGAGGAUCAUCCCAAGACCCCAGAAUCUGCUUCUGAGAAUAAAGAGUCAGAACUGAAAACUCCAUCUUCUAUUGGGCCUCCUACUGUCACAGUUGUAACACCAGAGUCAGCAGCAUCAUCAGUGGAGAAGACAGCUGGUGAAAAAACAGAAGAGGUGUCUUCAGUGACAGAAGAGAAGACCAUGGAGCCAGCCUCUGUCUCGGAAGAAGCAAAAUCUGCUUCUGAACCAGCUCCCAUCACUGUGGAACAACCUGGACAAGUUGACUUGCCCCCAGGAGUGGACACCAAGAAAGAUGCUGCUGGGACUCCUUUAGUUGUUGAAGACAGUUCAUCAGUUGAUCAGCUGCCUUAUCUGGAUGCCAAGCCUCCAACUCCUGGGGCCUCAUUUUCCCAGGUAGAGAUCAGUGUAGAUCCAGAAGCUAACAGUACCCAGCCACUUUCAAACCCAACUCAGCAGCCUGAGGAAGCUGAGGAGCCGAAAGGGGAAAAGCCAGACUCAGCUGCUAACGUUGAGCCUAAUGCAAAUCAGAAAGCUGAAGUUGUUCCUGAGGUUCAGCCUCAAGCUUCUGAAGACGUAGAGGUUGACCCUCCAAUUGCUGCAAAAGAUAAAAAGCCAACCAAAAGUAAACGUUCUAAGACCCCCAUUCAGGCAGCGGCAGCAAGUAUUGUGGAGAAGCCUGUCACAAGGAAGAGUGAGAGGAUAGAUCGGGAAAAACUCAAGCGGUCCAGUUCUCCUCGGGGGGAAGCACAGAAGCUUUUAGAAUUGAAGAUGGAGGCAGAGAAGAUUACAAGGACUGCCUCUAAAAACUCAGCCACAGACCCUGAUCACCCUGAGCCAAGUUUGCCCCUCAGUCGAACAAGGCGCCGGAAUGUAAGGAGUGUCUAUGCAACCAUGGGUGACCAUGAGAGCCGCUCUCCAGUCAAAGAGCCCGUCGAGCAACCGAGAGUGACUAGGAAGAGACUAGAGCGGGAGCUUCAGGAGGCUGCGGCAGCUCCCACUACCCCUCGGAGGGGAAGGCCUCCAAAAACACGCCGUCGAGCUGAUGACGAUGAUGAGACUGAGGCGAAAGAACCAGUCGAAACGCUCAAACCAGCUGAGGGGUGGAGGUCCCCACGAUCCCAAAAAUCAGUAGCUGCUGGUGGCCCACAAGGGAAAAAGGGGAAAAAUGAACCGAAAGUUGAUGCUGAACGUCCUGAGGUGGGCACCGAGAUGAGUCCCCAAGGAAACAUGAAAGAAAGUAGCACAAAAUCCAAGGCUGAUAAAGAAGAAGCAGGCAGUGAACAGAAACGUGACAAAAAAGAAAUUAGCACAGACAAAAAUCCACCUGAAACCCCCCCAGUUGAAGUGGUGGAGAAAAAAACAGCCCCUGAAAAAAACUCCAAGUCAAAGAGAGGAAGAUCUCGAAACUCUAGGUCAGCAGUGGACAGGUCUGCAAAUUUGAAAAAUGCGGAUGCCAGUGUCAUUUCCGGUGUGGCUGCGGGCUCUGCAGGGCUGGCAGCAGAAAAGGAAGCAGGGGUUGUGGCAGUCUCCCCUGAGAAGAGCGAGAGUCCCCAGAAGGAGGGUAGUUUAUCAUCCCAGUUGAACAGUGAUCCAGCUGAUCCAGACAAGGAACCAGAGAAGGAAGAUGUGUCUGCCUCUAAGCUGUCCCCAGAAGCAAAUCAGUUAGCCAAGCAGAUGGAGCUGGAGCAGGCUGUGGAGAACAUUGCAAAGCUGACUGAAACCUCUGCCUCCGCGGCUUUCAAGGCAGCCACAGAUACACCAGAGGGCCCUUCAGAGGACAGGAACAAGCCUACACACCAAGCGAGUGAAACAGAACUGGCUGCGGCCAUUGGCUCAAUCAUCAAUGACAUUUCUGUGGAGCCAGAGAACUUCCCAGCACCCCCACCUUACCCUGCAGAAUCGCAGACGGACCUGCAGCCCCAUUCUCCAGUUCUGCCGCCUCCUGAGGAAGGAAUGGAGCCUGAGACCGAUGAGGCCGUGUCUGGCAUCUUGGAGACUGAGGCUGCUACAGAAUCUUCUGGGCCACCAGUCAAUGCCCCUGACCCAUCAACAGGUGCAACAGAUACCAAGGAAGCCAGAGGAAACAGUAGCGAAACUUCCCACCCAGUGCCAGAAGCCAAAAGAUCAAAAGAAGCAGAAGUUGCUCUUGCUCGGAAAGACAAAGGGCGCCAGAAGACAACUCGAUCCCGCCGCAAACGGAAUACAAACAAGAAAACGGGGAGUACUGCAGAGACCCAUGUCUCGGAACCUAACCAAGUUCAAAGCAAGAGUCCUGCUACAAAUGAGGGGACGACGGUACAACCCCCAGAAACUCCACAGGAAGAAAAGCAGAGUGAAAAGCCCCAGUCCCCUCCUCCUGAGUCAUGUGCUUCUGACCCAAGUAAGACUCCAUCCGUGGAAAAUGUGUCCCAAGAAAGCAGUGUUGAAGAAAAGACUCCAACCAAAGGGUCUGUGCUCCCAGACCUUCCCCCCCACUCACAGUCAGUGCCCGUGGAUGAUGAACCUCAGGCCAGAUUCAAGGUGCAUUCCAUCAUUGAGAGUGACCCAGUGACCCCACCCAGUGACUCAAGCGUACCCACCCCCACAAUUCCUCCUGUAACUGUAGCAAAGCUCCCACCACCUGUUGCCUCUGGGGGGAUCCCACACCAGAGUCCCCCUACUAAGGUGACAGAGUGGAUCACAAGGCAGGAGGAGCCACGGGCUCAGUCCACUCCCUCUCCAGCUCUUCCCCCAGACACAAAAGCCUCUGACAUCGACACCAGCUCCAGUACGCUGAGGAAGAUCCUCAUGGACCCCAAGUAUGUAUCUGCCACAGGCAUCACUUCCACAAGUGUCACAACUGCCAUUGCUGAGCCUGUCAGUGCUGCCCCUUGCCUGCAUGAGGCACCACCCUCUCAAGUUGAAUCUAAAAAGCCUCUUUUAGAAGAAAAACCAGCAGCUCCAGUAACAAACACCUCUGACACUCAAGCAUCGGAGGUUCUAGUAGCCACUGACAAAGAAAGGGUGGCUCCAGUCAUCGCCCCCAAAAUUACUUCUGUUAUUAGCCGUAUGCCUGUCAGCAUUGAUUUGGAGAAUUCACAAAAGAUAACUCUGGCAAAACCAGCUCCUCAGACCCUGACUGGCCUGGUGAGUGCCCUGACUGGCCUGGUGAAUGUCUCCUUGGUCCCAGUGAAUGCGCUGACUGGGCCAGUGAAUGCCCUGAAAGGCCCUGUGAAGGGCUCAGUGACCACGCUGAAAGGUUUGGUUAACACUCCUGCUGGCCCUGUGAACGUCCUGAAGGGGCCAGUGAACGUCCUGACAGGGCCAGUCAACGUUCUCACCACUCCAGUGAACGCCACUGUGGGCACCGUGAACGCCGCCACGGGCAUGGUGAGUGCCUCUGCGGGUGCAGUGAACGCCGCCACAGGUGCAGUGACGGUCACAGCAGGUGCGGUGACUGCUGCAUCUGGGGGUGUGACUGCCACAACAGGUGCAGUGACUGUGGCAGGUGCAGUGAUUGCACCAUCAGCAAAGUGCAAACAGAGAUCGAGCAGUAAUGAAAAUAGUCGGUUCCACCCAGGGUCUAUGUCUGUGAUUGACGACCGUCCAGCAGACACAGGCUCUGGUGCGGGGCUGCGUGUGAACACUUCAGAGGGGGUUGUCCUCCUGAGCUAUUCAGGGCAGAAGACCGAAGGCCCACAGCGGAUCAGCGCCAAGAUUAGCCAGAUCCCCCCAGCAAGCGCGAUGGACAUUGAAUUUCAACAGUCGGUGUCCAAGUCUCAGGUCAAGCCCGAUUCUGUCACACCAUCGCAGCCUCCGCCCAAAGGCCCUCAGGCUCCUUCAGGCUAUGCAAAUGUGGCCACCCAUUCUACUCUGGUACUAACUGCCCAGACGUAUAACGCAUCUCCUGUGAUUUCUUCUGUGAAGGCUGACCGUCCAUCCUUGGAGAAGCCUGAGCCCAUUCACCUCUCUGUGUCCACACCUGUCACCCAGGGUGGCACAGUCAAGGUUCUCACCCAGGGCAUAAACACACCCCCAGUGCUGGUUCACAAUCAGCUGGUCCUCACCCCAAGCAUAGUCACCACUAAUAAGAAGCUUGCUGACCCCGUCACCCUCAAAAUAGAGACCAAGGUCCUUCAGCCAGCUAACCUGGGGUCCACUCUCACUCCCCACCACCCUUCUGCUCUGCCCAGCAAACUGCCUGCAGAAGUGAACCACGUCACUUCAGGGCCCAGUACCCCAACAGAUCGAACUGUCUCCCAUUUGGCGGCUACGAAGCCAGAUGCACAUUCUCCUCGACCCAGUGGGCCUACUCCAUCUCCGUUCCCAAGGGCGGGCCACCCCAGCAGCACCACAUCCACUGCUCUUUCUACUAAUGCCACAGUCAUGUUGGCUGCAGGCAUUCCUGUGCCUCAGUUCAUCUCUAGUAUACACCCAGAGCAGUCUGUCAUCAUGCCACCCCACAGCAUCACCCAGACCGUGUCCCUUAGCCACCUGUCCCAGGGCGAGGUGAGAAUGAACACACCCACGCUGCCCAGCAUCACCUACAGCAUCCGGCCAGAGACACUGCACUCUCCUCGGGCCCCACUGCAGCCCCAGCAAAUAGAGGUCAGGGCCCCACAGCGUGUGGGCACACCCCAGCCAGCCACAGCUGGUGUGCCUGCCCUGGCCUCCCAGCACCCUCCAGAGGAAGAAGUGCAUUAUCACCUCCCUGUUGCUCGAGCUGCAGCUCCCGUGCAGUCAGAGGUGCUGGUCAUGCAGUCUGAGUACCGACUGCAUCCAUACACUGUGCCCCGGGAUGUGAGGAUCAUGGUGCAUCCCCACGUGACAGCAGUCAGCGAGCAGCCCCGGGCAGCAGACGGGGUGGGGAAGGUGCCACCAGCCAGCAAGGCUCCUCAGCAGCCUGGGAAAGAAGCUGCCAAGACGGCAGAUGCCAAAGCAGCCCCUGCCCCUGCCCCUCACAGUGAGGCCCGUAUCCUCACAGUCACCCCCAGCAACCAGCUCCAGGGGCUGCCUUUGACCCCACCUGUGGUGGUGACCCACGGGGUGCAGAUUGUGCAUUCCAGUGGGGAGCUGUUCCAAGAGUACAGAUAUGGAGACAUCCGUACCUACCACGGCCCGGCUCAACUCACACACACGCAGUUUCCUGCUGCUGCCUCCAUUGGCCUGCCUUCCCGGACCAAGGCUCCUGCUCAGGGCCCCCCUCCUGAAGGUGAGCCCUUACAGGCCACUCAGCCUGUGCAGUCUACACAGCCUGCCCAGCCCACGCAGUCUACACAGCCUGCCCAGCCUAUGCAGCCCUCCCAGCUCAGCCAGCCAGGCCAGCCACCAAGCAACAAGAUGCCUCAGGUCUCCCAGGAGGCAAAGGGGACCCAGACAGGAGUAGAGCAGCCUCGCCUCCCAGCCAUACCUGCAAACAGGCCAACUGAGCCUCAUGCCCAGGUUCAGAGGGCACAGGCAGAACCAAGCCAGACUUCCUAUCCCUCCCCCGUGUCUGUCUCCAUGAAGCCUGACCUCCCGGCCCCUCUCCCUGCUCAGGCUGCCCCAAAGCAGCCGUUGUUUGUCCCCACAACUUCAGGCCCCAGCACCCCUCCAGGACUGGCUCUGCAGCACACUGAAGCCCAGCCCACCUCCAAACAAGAUUCUUCUGCACACUUGACUUCCCAGAGGCCUGUGGAUAUGGUCCAGCUUCUGAAGAAGUACCCCAUCGUGUGGCAGGGCCUGCUGGCCCUCAAGAAUGACACAGCUGCUGUGCAGCUCCACUUCGUCUCUGGCAACAAUGUCCUGGCCCAUCGGUCCCUGCCCCUCUCUGAAGGAGGCCCCCCACUGAGGAUCGCCCAGAGGAUGCGGCUGGAGGCCUCACAGCUGGAAGGGGUUGCCCGAAGGAUGACGGUGGAGACGGAUUACUGUUUGCUGCUGGCUCUGCCCUGUGGCCGAGACCAAGACGACGUCGUGAGCCAGACCGAGUCCCUCAAGGCUGCCUUCAUCACCUACCUGCAGGCCAAGCAGGCAGCAGGGAUAAUCAACGUUCCCAACCCUGGCUCCAAUCAGCCCGCCUACGUGCUGCAGAUCUUUCCGCCCUGCGAGUUCUCCGAGAGUCACCUGUCCCGUCUGGCCCCUGACCUCCUUGCCAGCAUCUCCAACAUUUCUCCCCACCUCAUGAUUGUCAUUGCCUCUGUGUGAGCCACUGAAUGGUCAUCACUCAGUGUAUUUUCCUGAGGCUCUGCAGCAAAAAAUAAACAGGACAACCCAGCCAAGUGGAGGAAGAAGCUGCCGAAGGGACAGACUCCACUGCCGGACGCCAGCCUCGCCCUCCUGCCCGCCCCAGUUGGGCAAACCCCUCUGGGCAGUGGUGCUGCUACUUGUAUGUUUACAUGACAUUUAGCCCAAGGACAGACCACCAACCGAUGGACUUGCAGACACCUUGGGGCUGGGUUUCUCUCUCCUCUUUUUGGAGAAAAGGAACAUGGCAGUGGAAUUAAUUUUUUUGUUGUUUUUGUUUUUAAGAAACAAGAAAACAGAACUGCCUUUGCACUAAAUUAGUGACUUGGACUUUUGCACAGUGAAGACAGGCUGUGACACUCUGGAUGUCUUGGUGUACGUGAACACACGUCGAGGACUAUGACCCAGGACUUCAAACUUCUGCUGAAACCCUGGGGUCAAGGAACAUUUCAUCGGGUUGUUGUGUUCCCACCCCUCCCUUCCUUGCUCAUUUGGACGUGUCACCUUUCUUAAUUCUCCUGCCGCCACCAUCUUUGAUUCACCUGGGAUGUACAGUUUACAAUCGAAAACGAGCAAACAGGAUUUUCUUUCUUGGUGGGAUACACAGAACUUGGGAUGUGUGUAUAUAUAAAUAUAUAAUAUAUAUAAAUAUAUAUAAUACUGACUUAAAAAAUCAAAUUCCCCUGACAUACAUUUUUUUUAAUCUGUGCCAAAAAUGUGUUUUCAGAGAAAAUCUUAUUUUCAUACUCAGACUUUGUAUUGUCACUCAUUUGUAUAAGUGCGCUUCGUUACAGCACGGGCCCUGCCCCCACAAUUUGGAAGUGUCACACACACAAAAAGACUGUACAAAAAGACUGGCUUCCCCCCUUCCUUUUUACCUUGACCUCUCCCUCAACUUCCUAACACUUAUUAAUUUAUGAAACUUUUUCUCAGCGCAGUUUUGUUUUGUGUGUCCAUUGGAUUACAAACUUUAUUAAAAAAUACAAAACAC